AAUAUCUUUGCCCCAGGUGAAGUUCUAAUUAAGGUUUAUUCUGACGGAAUCCCUGAUUGGACCAGCUGAGGUCUUGAGCCUACCCUUUAACCAAUCAUAUUUGCCAAGGGGAUUCUGUGCUCUGAUUGGCUAGGCCUGGACCACAUGCCACACUGGAGCAAGAGGUGGUGGCAACUCCAUCAGAACCAUGUGUUCUCAGGCGGAGGGCUUGGUUCCUAAAUGGAAGCUGAGAGUCUUGCUGGAACUUGGGAAUAUGCAUGUUGGGCAGCCAGAAACCCUGACCUGUAUUAUUGGAAGUCACAGAAAAGUGUCCCAGCAGCUUAAGGAAACAAUGUUAGUCCCUGCAGGCACUCAGCAAACAUGAGUUUCUUUAAAAGCGAAGUGGGGUUGUUGUAGGGAUGAAAGGCAUUGAUACAACAGAGCUGGUGGAUUCGAACCACUGACCUUUCAGUUAGCAGCUGAGUGCUUUAACCUCUGCGCCGCCAGGUCUCCCAGUCCCACCUAAGCGUUUACUAAUUUACGGAUAAACUCCAAGCUUCCUACUCCUCCAGAAAAUGUCUCUUCUCUACCUAAACUCUUCAUGCAUUCGCUCAACACGUAUUUAUGGAGCACCUGCUCUGUGCCCAGGCUGUUCCAGGAGCAGGAAUCUGGGGGUACCCAAGAGUCCCUGCUCUCAAGGGGCUGACCCUCUACAGAGCUAAAAUAAAGGAGGGGAAAGGUAUAUGGCCUCAUUGCUGACAACAGAGAAGCCCCCCAAUUCCCAGACAAUGAAAUGCUCUGGGUUUCCAUUUCCUGCUUCCCCAGAGACCCCAGCUUCCCUCACUGCCCCGCCUCCCCAUACGUCCUGAAGUUCCCAGGCAGGACCUCCAGCUCACCCACCUCCCAAGAACCUCACCCUCCUGAAAGGUCCCAUGGGGAAACCCCUUCGCUUUUCUUAGUUUUAACUCAGACAAGGUCGAUAGGUUUUUAGAGUUACUUCUCCUCUGAAACAAAAAGAAAACAUUAAAACCCACACACAUGACACAAACACAGACAUGGGUGGGCCAGACCCCACCCUCUGUUAAGCCUGGAGUUUUAAAGCAGCUGGGCCCCCCUCCAGGCUGCCAGAGUCCUGAGGGCAACCCCUUUCUACUCCUACUCUUUUGGGGUCUCAGGAUAAAUUCUGGACACUUUCCCGGGAUGCCCCCCACCCCUCAGGCCUGGCCACACUCCAGCCUCCCUCUCUCCUCCUCCACUCACACCUCCGCCAUCAGACUGGACUCUCAUUUCCUCAAACUCACAUCCACAUUUCUUUCACCCCGAGGCUUUUCACACGUUGAAGCCUUUUCUCAAACGCUCUUUCUUCUGCUCCCCCUGCCCCCCAAACUCCUUUGCUUGCCAAGGGUGGUCUGGGGGCUUCUCCUUGUGUUCAGUCCCCUGAGCCUACCCCAGGGGGCAGCCUUGCUCUUAGACCAGUAACAACCCUAGCAAACAAAUUCUCUCAUUCAUCAUUGUGUCUGACCUAGCACACACUAUCUCAUUUAAUCCUCACAAUAGUCUUCCAAGGUAGGUAGGUAGUAAUAGUUUAUUCAGCAGAAAAGGAAACUGAGGCCCAGGAGGGCCCAGGAGUUAGAGCUGAAGCCUUUAAAGCAGAGACUCCACUUGCCCACUGUCUUCCACUGCCUCCAUCCUCCCUGCUAACAGAAUCUUGGUUUCGUUCAGGGCGGCAAUAUACCCAGGCCCAGGUGAAAUACUAGUUUUCCCAGCCUGCUUUGCAGUUAGGGUUUCAAGGUUGCACAGUUCAGGUCAACGAGGCAUAAGUGAACGUCAGCUGGAAAGGUGGCUCUGUGAACAUUUUAGUUCCCUCCAAUAAAAAAUGAUGGAGCCAGCUGGCACUGCCCUUUGUCCGGUCCCCCUUCCUGCCUUGAAUACUGAUGGGAUGAUGUCUGGAGCUGCAGCAACAUCUUGUGACCUUGGAGCUACAAGCCAGCGUGCUAAGAAUGGAAGAGCAGAAAGAUAGAAAGAGUCUGGGUCCCUGACAGCAUCGGUUGGCAGCCAAACUAAUGACAACAGCUGCCUUGUUAGGGGAACGAAACAGAAAUGAAACCACCUAUUUGCUCAGGCCUUCUGUUACUAUUAGCUGACAGCGUUCAUAACCGAGGCUGCAGGACUCCUAGCCAAGUGCUCUUUAUACCAUAUCACUGUGCACAGCAAUCACUGGACAUGGGGUGAGUCACUUGUUUCUACUCUGCAAAUCAGCCAAGAGCUGGAGGCCCCUCAGAUAGGAGAGAGAAACCGCUAGGGAAGUUCUGUUUUGAAACAGGAAGAGCUGUUGGUUGUGGGUGGGAGCUGACAGCUCUGUGAUACUCACUCAUUUGAUAGCAACUGCUCUCAGGCGCCCAUCUAGUGCCAGGCCUGGGCUGGGCAUCAGGGCUUGAUGUGCCAGACUCGGCCGUUCUUGUGAAGAAAUCAUUGCCUGGUGGCUGAGGGACGUACUGCUGAGCAAGACACUUCAUUUGGGGCUUUCUGUGUUGAAGCCUGGUUGCUCUUCGUUCCUGCUUCCAAACCACAGACCUGGGGGUCCCCUAGGCUCUUCUCCCCCACCCCCCACUCCCCCUACCCCCAGCAUUUCAGUGGUCCCCAAGUCUGGGCAAUUCAGCUCCCAAUAUUUGUUAACUCCAUCCCCUUAACUAGCCCACUGCCACUACCUGAGCUAAGCCUUGGGCUCUCUUCCCUGGACAGUAGCUCCAGCCUCCUCGCUGGCCUCCCUGCCUCCACUACCUCUGCCUCUCAUCCAUCCUCUGCCUGGGGGGGGUCUUUCUUACAAACAUAACUGUGCCACUCAGAUCCUGUAAAAUACUCCUGUUGCCCCAAACAUGCAAAUCCAACCAUCAAUUCAUUCAGUCAUUUAAUCAUUCAACAAAUAAUUACUGGGAUUGUGUGCCAAACGCAGGGUUUGAGGGGUGAGCCAGGCUAAGGCCUGCCCUCAGGAGCCUCACAAUCCAGUGGGGAGGCUGCCAAGUCAGCAGAGAGACCAGUGAGCAGGGCCCUCUGCUUGGAUGUCUCCAGAGCUUCUCAAACUCACACUCCCACCCAGGCUUAAUCACGCAGUAAAUGCGCCCAGCCCCUCAAACCAACAACCUGGGAGUCAUUCUUAAUACCUUCUACUUCUCCCUUUUCACUUCCAACCAGUCACCAAAUACCUCCCCAGCUGUCCCCCUACUCCAGUGCCACUACUCCCGCCCUUGUCCAUGCUGGUAUCAUUUCCUGGAUUCCUGCCCUGGCCUCCUGUCAUAGUCAGCUAUUGCUACAAUGAUGCUGUGUAAGAAAACCAAAAACCAAAACCAAACCUAUUGCUGUUGAGUUGAUUCCGACUUAUGGCGACCCCAGGUGUGACAGAGUAGAACUGCUCUGUAGGUUUUAAUUGCCCAUAAUCUUUAUAGGACAUCAUGCUUGGUAAAGUAGAGGGUCAGCGAAAAAGAGGAAGACCCUCAACGGGAUGGAUUGACACAGUGGCUGCAACAAUGGGCUCAAGCAUAGCAACAAUUGUAAGGAUUCCCAUGGGAAUCAAGGCAUGGUAAGUCCUAGAGAGGUAGAGGCAGGUCUAAGAUGGUUCUAGAAGACUUCUGAAGAGGGUCUACAGGAGGGAGAAAUUAGCAAUUAUCUGUAUAAUCCAAAAUUCAAUUCUGUCCAGUUCCCAUGGAUUAACCACGUACCCUGUGCCAAGCUGUACCAGGAGUUGGAAGUGCAGAGAAGGCUGAGACAGAGCUCUGCACUCACCAGGGCCUCAGAGGCCAGUGGGAGAGACAGAUGUGUAAAUAAACAGCUGCCACGCAGCCCAGCCCUCAUACCGCAGAAAUAUGCUCAAUAUAGAAAAGUAGACACUUCCUUCCAGUCUCAAGGUGCCUGGGUAGAGAUGUUUCCACUCCCUCACUCUUGAUGAAAAGCAGCCCACGACAAUAAGGAGAACAAGAAACAGAAACACAAACUCUUGUUUUCAAAGAAAUCAAGAGACACCUGUAACCCCAAACCACAAAACACGAGGACCGAGAGCAGAUGGAGGUGGUAAAUGAUUUAACAGAGCCCAGGAGAGGCAAAACUAACUGCCUGCUGUUAGGUGGCGGAGCGUGGUGGGAGGCUGGGGGACAGAAGAGAUAUAAACCAAUAGGCCUUGUGGAACCCCAGAGAAACUCAGGAUUGGGGGGAUCUAGGGACCACAGAUGGCAAGGCAUGAGUCUGAGAAUGGAGAAUGUUUGGAAGCCAGUUUAAGGAGCAAUUAGACACCCAGAUCCCCAGAAUUAUGCAGCCAGACAACCUCCUCUCCCUAACCUGGGCAGGAGAAACUGAACCAGAGAGCUCUGGCAAGGAACCAGGUAGAGUGGGGCCAGGCACCAGACUUAUUAUUGGGAAUGUGGUAGAUUUGAUUACAUUUAGCAAAAACGCCCUCCACCCCCACCUCCCCGAGAGGAGGGCACUUCCCGACUCCGAUAAUGUUGGGCUUGGCCAUGUGACUAGCUUUGGCCAAUAGGAUGUUAGCAUAUGCACCACAAGGAAACACUUGAAUGUGCUUGCUGUGUUGUGCUUCCCGAAGAACAGGCCCUGGAAAGCUUGUUAGUUCCACAAAUAGGAGGCACAUUGAACAGAGCUGUCCAGCUGACCCACAGACCUGCAGCUUCAAGCAGAUCUGCUUGGCCCAGCCCAGCUUCUGUCAACCCAUCCCAGCUGUUAUGGACUGAAUUAUGGCCCAGCAAAACACGUGUUGUAAUCCUAACACUAUGCCUGUAGUUAUCCCAUUUGGGAGGGAGCUGUCUUUAUUUUGUUAAUGUGGCAGGAUUAAUAUAGGGUUUACCUCAAGAAGAUGGCUUUUGAGAUAUAAAAGAGAUUCAACAAGCACAAGCAAGUGAGCAGAGAUGGAGGAAGAGAGAUGCCAAGCCACAUGAAGAUUGCCCAGGAGCUGGGACAAGGACCUUCCUCCAGUGCCAACAGAGAGAGAAAGUCUUCCCCUAGAGCCAGCUCUGUGAAUUUGGAUUUCUGGUCUCCUAAACUGUGAGAAAAUAGGUUUCUGUUUGUUCAAGCCACCGAUUUGUGGUUAUUUCUGUUAUAGCAGCACUAGAUAACUAAGAUACCAGUUGAACCAAAGAGGUGUGAGUGAAAUCAAUGCUUACUGUUGUGUGCUACAUAGACUUUUGUAGUUGUUUGUUACACAGCUCUAUGUGACUGAUAGAGGGGAGUUAUGCAAAAGUUCUGGCCCGGUGCGGGAGUGCUAGCACUCAGGCAUAUACUUGCCCCCGACAGGAAACUAGAGGAUCUGACCACCUCAGAGAAAAGGCUUAUAGAUGGUGAUAUGUGGUUUCCUUGACAAAAGAUACAGUUGUUCCUACAGAGAUGUCACCGUUGUGCAAGCCCCGGUCUCCAACAUGGAGCUUCCGGUCAGACUUUAAUGCCUCAUUCUGAAAUAGGAGUCAGUAACAAAGCAUGAUUGGACGGAUGAGGAAAGUUCUAACAUGAAAGUGACCUGAUCAAACAAACAAACAAAAAGGAGUUGCAAAAAAGAGACAAUGCACUAAGCAGAAGAAAGCCUUAAAGAAACAAUCAUUGCUAUCCUCGGAGAGAUAAGGAAACAUAUUAUAUCCACAAAUAAGUAUGGGAUGCCAAGGUAAAGGAGAAAUCACAAAAUAGAUAAGAGGUAUUGAAAGUUAAAAAUAAGUUAAUAAAAAAUAAUAGAAGUGUUUGAAGAUAAAAAGAUAGUAAAAAAAAAAAAUACAUAAAAGGUAAAGGCAGACCACAAGAAAACUAAAGGAUUGAUUGAUCCAGGAGGCCCAAUAUUCAACUAAUAGAAGUUCCAGAAGGAAAUAAUAGAAAAAUAUUGCCCAGAAGUGAAGAACACAAAUUUCCAGAUUAAAAGAAUCCUCUGAAUGCCCGAAACAAUGAACAAAAGAAGACCCAGGCAAGGGACAUCGCUGUGAAAUUUCAGAAAUACAGGGAUAGAGCAAAGAUCCUAAAAGUUUCCAGAAUAAAGAAAAAACAGUUACCUAAAGCUACACACAAUGGAUUGGGAAUAAAAAUAGCAUUGGACCUCUCAACAAAAGUACUGGAAGUUAGAAACAUGGACAGAUACCUUCUACCAUCAAAGUCAUUUUCAAGCUAGAAUUCUAUACCCAGCCAGGCUAUCAAGUAUGAGAGGAGAAUUACGUAACCAUUUUAAAACAUGUGUGCUUUCUCGGGAAGCUACUAGAGGAUGUGCUCCACCAAAACGAGAGAGUAAACCAUCAAAGAGGAAGGUAUGGGGUUCAAGAAACAGGAUCCAACACAGGAAAAAGCUAAAGGAAAUAUUCAAUACAACAAUGAAGAAAGCACCCCAGAAUGUCAGUUGGUCCAGAUCAAAGGAAUACGGGAGUUUCCAACAAAAAGUCGUCCUGCAGUUGGACUCUGGAAAUUCUACCGUGAGGUUUUUACCAACCUGUAGGAACGUGUGAGAACAUUUAGUCGAAGAAAACUAAGAUAUUCAAAGAAAACUAAGCAAAGGAAAAAACAAGACAAUUACUAACUCCUGGCUGAGCAGGAAAUAAUAUUUACAUGGCAUCAGUGAUGAAAACACUGAAUAUGCAUUUAAUUGAAAAUUAUGUUGAGAGGAUGGAGAGAAGGGAUGAGAGUGUAUAACAAAAAUCUAAAAUCCUCUACCAUAACAGGAAGUUAAUAGAAAAUGUGGGAAAACUGGGGAAUCAAGAUAGAAGGAUAAACGUGGUAUUUAGAUAGAUGGAGAUACACAUAUAAGGAGGGUAGAAUUGUCUCUGGGACAAGAGGUGGGCCAGGGCCAUUGGGACUGCAGCUUUUUUUUUUUUUUUUCCUGUUACAAGCCUUUUUUUUUAGUACUAUUGGCUUUUUAGAUUUACUUGCAAACAGUACUCGGAUAAAAAUAAAAGCAAAUUAAAAUUAAUUACAUUACAGAUAAAAAGGAAGCCCAGAGGUGGGAGUGCUAGAGACUAGGAGGCUUCUCACGGUGUGUGGUGUUUAAACCUGUUGAAGGGUGAAUAGAGGGACAAGGGAAAUAGCUUGUGCAAAGGGCCUGGGGCAUGUGUAAGGUUCAGGAUGAGGUCAUGAUGAUUUAGGACAAGGGGGAGAGAGUGUGUGGAGGAGAAGCAGGCAGAAUGCAGGUUAUGUGGGGCACUUAGGCCAUGGUUCAAAAAAAAAAAAAAAUCAAAGCAGUUGCCAUCUAGUUGAUCCCAACUCAUAGUGACCCUAUAGGACAGAGUAGAACUGGCCCAUAGGGUUUCCAAGCAGCAGCUGGUGGACUUGAACUGCCAACCUGUUGGUUAGCAGCCAAGCUGUUAACCACUACACCACCAGGGCUCCUAGGUCAUGGUAGGGACUGUGGAUUUUAUUCUAUGGGCAACAGUCGGCCAUUGGAGUGUUUCAAGCAGGUGACUGGCAUGACAUAUCUUUAACUCUCACUGCUAGGUAGGGGGUGAGAGCAGAAGAGACUUGGUCCAGAAAAGAGGCUGCGAGGAUGGAGAGCAGAGGACAGGUGAGAGAGGAGAAGCAAUAAGAGUUGGUGCUGGAAGGAAAAAGCGGACAGCUAUUGCCUUCAUUUACCUUUCACAAGAACCCCCAGAGUAGGCCGGAAGGUGAGGCAUGUUCCAUCCAAGAAGAGGGAUGAGAAGGCCUGGGAGGAUCUUGGGGGUGGAGGGCUGCCACAAGAUCACUCCCCAACCCUGAGGACCAGCUUCCAGGAGCCCCGUGUGUUUAGGCUGUCUUGAGGCCAACUUUGACCUCAUGUCUUUGAACAACAGACAGGAGACAGACAGGAGGAAGGGUCUUGUUGGACCACGUGGCCAGUGGAGGGAGAGGACCAAGGGUGUCGGUGGGCUUUAGGCAAAAGCGUGGGUCCUACUGUGUGCUGCAGCUGCCAGGGUAGCACCUCUGUUAGAAUUUGAUUCCCAGUUCUCUGAGGUCCUACCGUGUGCCAGCCCUGGGACCUGGGGACAAGUAGGCCCAUCCUGGUCCUAGGAAUGGUCCACUAUGAAAAGGGGCUGAGACGGCGCCUAGCACAUAGUAGGUGCUCAACAAAGACUGAUUUCCUUCUCUAUUACUCCCCUUGCCCUCCUGAGGCAGGGAACAGGCCACCCAGGCUGGGAGUUAAGAGCACGAAGCUGUUCAGCUUCUCCACUCCAGGACUGUGCGAUGGGGUCAACUCCUUCGCUUCUCUGAGCCCAGCUUCCUCAUCUGUGAAAUGGUAACGUAUGGGAAGCAGCGACUCAUGGCGAUGGCUAAUGACAAACAGGUGUCUUUACUAAUGGAGCCUUGUUGUUGUUAGUUAUCAUUGAGUCGAUUCUGACUCAUGGCAACCCUAUCCUAUUCCACAGGGUUUUCUUGGCUGUAAUCUUAACAGAAGCAGAUCGUCAGGCUUUUCCUCCAUGGAGCCACUGGGUGGGUUCGAACCAGCAGCCUCUAGGUUAGCGGACCAUCUUUGUUGUUGUUGGGUGCUGUCGAGAUGAUUUUUUGGCUCAUAGUGACCCCAUGUGUGCAGAGUGGAAUUGUUCCACAGGGUUUUCUUGGCUGUGAUCUUUCCGAAAGCUGAUCACCAGGUCUUCUAUGGAGCCGAUGGGGGAAUAGCCAACCGUUGUAUCACCACGCCUCCUUAAUGGAUCCUUAGAGAUAAGGAAACCAAACCCAUUGCCACAGAGUCGAGUCUGACUUAUAGUGACCCUAUAGGACAGAGUAGAACUGCCCCAUAGGAUUUCUAAAGCUGUAAUCUUUAUGGAAGCAGACUGCCACAUCUCUCUCCUGAGGAGUGGCCGGUGGGUUCGAACCGCCGACCUUUUGGUUAGCAGCCAAACAUUUAACCACUGUGCCACCAGAGCUCCCCGAUGGAUGCUUAGGUGUUUAAAAUACACAUGCUGCAGGAGGAGUUUGGGGAGGAUCUAGCCCAACCUCCCCACAGCCCAAUGAGGAAACUGAGGCCCAGAGAAGGCAUGACUGGCCCGCCGUCACACGGUUGGUCAGUAGGAGCUGGAGCACUGUGUCCAAGGUGGCCAGGCCUGUGUUCAGGCCCCAGGGCAGAGAAUCUUAGACGGGAGCCAGCAGCAGACUGUGGUCCGUGGGCCAGAUCCUGCCCACUGCCUGUUUCUGUACAGAUGACGUCAACAGAUGAUUACUUGCAAUCGAUUUGAUGGUAGGAAGUCCCAACUUUGAGCUCCAGCUAAGCCAAAUGUUAUCCCCCCAAAGAACUCCAUUUUACCUGUGAGUAGACCAGUAUUACAAAAAAUUGUCCUCCAUUAUUAUUAUUACAGUUUGAAUUUCGUUAAUAAAAAAUUGUGAAAAUUGAUUUUCUUUCCUCAUAAUGUCCGUGAUUUUGCCUUUUGGCCUUCAAAGCCUAAAAUAUCUCUUCUUUACCCUGUCUUUCUGCUCCUCACUCUGCCUGGGGCUCAGCACAUUCAGUCCACGGGAUCUCACGGCUCAGGACUCCUCCUCUCUUCUCCCCUCACCCAUGCCUGUGACCACAGGACAGCCUGGCCCUCAGGACUGCAGCCUCCCAGCCCAGUGCUCUCUCCCACGCUCACGGCCCUCCUCCCAAGCUUUCCCAAACCCACACCUGGCCUUGCCUUGGGACACAGUUGUCCCCUGGUUUUCAGUCCCACCUCCCCUGAGCCCCACUCUCCUCUGCAACUUCCCGCAGGAGCCAAGGCCAACGUGGGUGGCUGGAAUCUCCCCGGUAACAGGGUCCGCCCCCUCCCCCUCCUUCUGCCUCCUCUCCUAACCUGCCGUCCCUCCUCCCUCACCCCUCAACCGGCACCUGCUCUCCAGCCCUCAGCCCCUCCUCCCCGCCCCUCCCGCACCCCACUCCUGCUCUCUCCUUCGCUGGCGCUCCAUGUCACCAUCUGUGGCACAAUCCUUCUCUGUCAUUCUUCCUGCCACCCCCUCGUUCUCCUUCCUUGGGCUCUGUUCCUGCCUCUCUCUGCCUCUCCCGCUCUCCUUCUCUCGUUCUCCUCUUUCCUCCUCCUUUUCUUCUCCCUGUCACACAUCCCUCAUCACUCCCCCUCAUUCUGGCUUUCCACCCACUCACUGUCUUCUCUCUCUCUCCACCUCCGACCCCCCUUUUCCUAUAUUUCUAUUGGCUUCCUACAGUGCCCUGUUCCCCUUUUCUCUCCUUCACCUUGGGAAGCUUCUCCUUCCACCAGCCCCUGCCUGCAGACCCCACCUGUACCCCUGCCCCCCUCAGGAUGUGUCCUGGAGAUGGGGGGUGAAGUGCUACUAGGUGCCUGCGGGAAGUCAGGGCCAGAGACCAGAUGGGAGAGGCUCUGUGGGCAGACGUGACCGCUGCGGGCCUAGGAGGACAUACAAGCAGUUUAGAAGUGGUCGCCGCGUGGAGACCCCUGCCAAGGGGUGCUGUGGGGGCACCUGGGGCCUGGGCAGAGAGAGGGAGCAGCAGGACGAUCAUCAGCCUGGCGGCAAGGAGGGGAGCCCUCACCCCGUGGGCAGAAUCUUGGAAUCACAGAAGAGCAGAGUGUCCAAGCGGAAGGAAACUAGAAACAUCAUGCCGUCCCACCUCCUUGCCUCAUGUGCCAGCUCUCCUGAGCUCCCCCUCCAUGCUGGGCACUGCUCAGCACACUCCAUUUAACCCUACAGCAACCCGGGAGGUUGUCCCUGGGAGAGUCCGCCCCCAGCUUUCAGGCAAGCUUGUGCCAAAGAUAAACCAGAUGGGGAGGAAAAGUCCCUCCUCCCCAAGGAUGAACUAGAUUACACACAGGAUUCCAGCUCCUCAAGAAAAGGCGGCACCGAAAUUACAGGCCAGUAGCUGACUGCUGACUGCCCUCCCUUUGGCUAUGGACACCUCUGGCUACUCUCCACCAGUGCCCACAACCUUGGAACCCGGGAACACCUCCUUGGCUUGGCUCCUGGAUGCUACCCUGGGAAAUAGGUCGGGGGGCCCAAGCCCAGCAGGGCUGGCUGUCAGCGGCAUUCUGAUCCCCUUGGUCUACCUGGUGGUGUGCGUGGUGGGCCUGCUAGGCAACUCGCUGGUCAUCUACGUAGUCCUGCGGCACACGGCCAGCCCAUCAGUCACCAACGUCUACAUCCUCAACCUGGCGCUGGCCGACGAGCUCUUCAUGUUGGGGCUGCCCUUCCUGGCUGCUCAGAAUGCCCUGUCAUACUGGCCGUUUGGCUCCCUCAUGUGCCGCCUGGUCAUGGCCGUGGAUGGCAUCAACCAGUUCACCAGCAUCUUCUGCCUCACUGUCAUGAGUGUGGACCGCUACCUGGCGGUGGUGCACCCUACCCGCUCGGCCCGCUGGCGAACGGCGCCAGUGGCCCGCACGGUCAGCGUGGCCGUCUGGGUGGCCUCAGCCGUGGUGGUGCUGCCCGUGGUGGUCUUCUCGGGUGUGCCCCGUGGCAUGAGCACCUGCCACAUGCAGUGGCCUGAGCCUGCGGCGGCCUGGCGGGCCGCCUUCAUCAUUUACACAGCCGCCCUGGGCUUCUUCGGGCCGCUGCUGGUCAUCUGCCUCUGCUACCUGCUUAUCGUGGUGAAGGUGCGCUCGGCUGGGCGGCGGGUGCAGGCGCCCUCGUGCCAGCGGCGGCGGCGCUCUGAGCGUAGGGUCACACGCAUGGUGGUGGCCGUGGUGGCGCUCUUUGUCCUUUGCUGGAUGCCCUUCUACGUGCUCAACAUUGUCAACGUGGUGUGCCCACUGCCUGAGGAGCCCGCCUUCUUCGGCCUCUACUUCCUCGUGGUGGCACUGCCCUAUGCCAACAGCUGUGCCAACCCCAUCCUGUAUGGCUUCCUCUCCUACCGCUUCAAGCAGGGCUUCCGCAGGGUCUUGCUGCGGCCUUCCCGCCGCGUGCGCAGCCAGGAGCCUGCAGCAGGGCCUCCGGAGAAGACCAAAGAGGAUGAGGAGGAGGAUGGAGAGGAGGGCGAGGAGGAGAGUGGAAGAGAGGGGGCAGAGAAGCAGGCGGAGGGGAAGGAGAAGAACAGCCGGGUCAGCCAGAUCACCCAGCCUGGCACCAGUGGGCAGGAGCAGCCACCCAGUGGCUCGGCAGGCAAGGAGCAGCAAUCCCUGCCCCGAGAGCCCUCUGCUGGGGAGAAGUCCAGUGCCCUGCACAUCAGCUAUCUGUAGGGGUCUGGGGAGGGCCAGGGCAGCCCGAGGAAGGGGCAGAGGCUGUAGGUAUGCUCGGGCAUGCCGCCCAGGGUGCCAGAGACUCACGAUGGGAUGUUCCAAGGGUUCUGAUCCCAGUGCUGCUGGGAAUUGCUGUGUGGCCGUAGAUAGGUCGCUUCCCCUCUCUGGGCCUGGCUUUCUCCUCUGUGACUCAGGGAUGGGGUAGUCGGCCCCAAUGAGAUCUGAUAGGCAAGAGGUCUGGAAGGGCCUCAUUGCUGGGCUGCCUUUCCUGAGCAGGGUCCAGGUGACAGGGACGGUGCACCUGACCUUCCCCAACUCUUGGGGACUUGGAGUAUCCCUGGGUAUCAUCAGCCCUCAGAGGGAUAGAGCAAAGCCUGGAUUUCCUGGGCUUGAAUUCAGGGACACAGGAGCUGCUGGGGCUAGACUGAAGCCCCAGGUAGAAGGAAGUCUUACCUGGUGGGGAGGAGGGGGUGGAGCAGCUCAGGCCCACCCAGAUCAGCUCUGCGCCACAGGCAGUGUGGCCUUGUACCAGCUCCUGCCUCUCCAGAUCUGGGGAACUCACCGGCUAGACAACCCGAUAACCUCCAGGCCCUUUUGACCCAGGUGGUUUUUGUGGGGACUCCUGUGCUCCUGGACAUGGUGGCCAGAGGGGGAUUUUCCAGGAAGCUGAGCUGAGUGAGAUUCAGGGCCCCUUAUGGUGUGGGCCCUUGCGAGGCCCUGCACUUAAUUUUGCACUUGUAAUUUUAUAUGACUUUUCUUAAAGGAGAUCCCCAAAUUAUAUAGGCUUAAACCCAUUUACCCAUUGGUGUCGAGUCCUUCCGACUCAUAGCAACAAUAUAGGACAGAGUAGAAUUGCCCCAUAGGGCUUCCAAGGAGCUGCUGGUGGGUUCAAACUGCUGACCUUUUGGUUAGCAGCCCAUCUCUUUAACCGCUGCACCACCAGGGCUUAGGCCACACAAAGCCUAACUCAGCCCCUGGUGGGGAAGCUGCCCAACCCCCAAAGUAGCUCGCUUUGAGUCCUAAAGCUGGGGUCGGGGUGUCCCCAGGUCUUUGAGGGCUCCAGGAGCUUCCUCCCAGGAGGGACCAGGCCUGUUCCCCGCACUGUGACCAAUUGCCCCUCUUCCCAGAAACCAAGGCAGGAACUGAACCCACAGAAGCUGGCUGGUAUACUUAGAGAGGCAAACGAUCUGCACAGCACGGUGCAGAGGAGGAGGGAGGAAUAAGAGGAGGAGGAGAAGGGUGGAUGAGGAGGGAGAGACAGAAGGAGGAAGACAGAUCUGCUCUGUGACCCUGGAGCUGACCUUGGCCCCCUGGGCCGAGCCCAGUUGCAGUAUCUGUGGAACUGGGACGCCAGCGCCUGGCCUGACAAGUCCCAAGGAAAGGAUGCCAUCAAGAGUGGAAAAGCAGCUGCUCUGAAACAUACAGGGCUGGCCCCUUGAGUGGUCCUCAGUGGUGGUAAGAAGGGCCUGGGAGGAGUGGUGAACUUCCCGUGGAUGGGGGAAUGGGUCUUCUGUUAUCUAACUUCCUGGGGGCUACAGGUCUGGGAGGCCAGGGAAUUCAGGGGAGAGGCCACUGUCCAAGGCUGGGCCUGGACCUUCCCCAGAGAUGACCUUUUAAAGCCACUGGGAGGCUGGCCCUGGGGAGGGUGGCACCUCUGACAAAACUGUCUCCCCUGCCCCCACAGAGGGCAGGGGGUCCUCAGGGAAAGCCUGUGAACCAGAAAGCCGGAAGACCUGGAUCUUCAACCCACCUCAUGAUCCUUGGCCAGCAUUUACCUCUCUGUGCCUCAGGUUCCCCAUCAUAAAAUGGAGGGAGGUUGUUCCCAGUUUGCCUGCCUGUUGAGAUUUGGGAAGGAAAAUGGCCAAGUCAUUCUGGGUACACUGCCCAGCUCACUGGAAUGGGGAGGGGACAGGGCAGACCAGAUUAUGAAGUGGAGGCGCUCUCCCAGGCUUGGCGUACACCCCGACUGCUUCAUCAAGCAGGCCUCUCUGCCUCUGGCCCCUGGGGAUGAGGAUGCUGCAGGCCAUGAGCAAUGGGGACUUGGAGGCAGAGGUUGAGGAACAGGGAGGCAGGGUUGGGGGGAAAAGAAGUUCUGGAAACCAGAUCCUGUAUGGAAGGUGGAGGCCGGAGGUCCAGCCUGGGGCUUUGUCUGGGGCUUCCCUGAGGAGGAGCUGAGGGGCUGAGGGACAAAACACCGAUCAUUCUGGCAUUCCCUGGCUGGCCCUCAUCCCUCCCCUACCUUCCUCACAUCUGGGGCAGGUGGGCACUGUUCUGCAAAGCUGGCUGGGGAAGGCGGUUGAGGAAGUCCUUUACUGCUUCUGCCUCUAGCUCAAUAAAGAUGGAGGCACAUGACAAUGCUGUGUGGCUGGGCCCUUUGUCUGCAGGAGGCUGUGUGUCUGGCUGGGUGCGGACAAGCAGGGGUGUGUGGCAGGCGUGUGUACAUAGCACCCACGUCUAUCAAGAUGCUCCCUCCUAGCCAUCUCUCAGCUCUGAGCACACUGGCCCUUUGUGUGUGGCCUCCCAGAGUCCAGGUUCUCCAGGACACAUGGAAGACCCCCAGCUGCCCUCAGCCCACACCCUUACAGAUCUUGAUUCAAAAGCAAUAGACCUCUCUCACUGUGUCCUAAUAACAAAUCUCAUGGAAGGAAACUGAUUGGCCCUAACUGGGUCAUAUGAUUGCCCCUUGGGCCAAUCACCAAAGAAAUAGGAUGCUGUGAUUGGCCAUGUAUAGCCUGUCCUUUCAGCCAGGGGGAAGGUGGACACUGUGACGGACAGUCUGGCCCAACCAGUGGGGUACAGGGCGGGUCAGGGGCAGACUAUCAAUGGCAAGGGGAGGCAGGCCAGGCAGGCAGUGGGUCACAGUGGUCUACACGUGUGUGUGGUUCACUGUAUGUGGAUGCUUUUGCUGGGUGUGAUUGCAUGUGUGUGGUUUAUGUGAGCACAGUGCAGGGCUCUUAGUAGGCCCUUAGGAUAUCUCAGCAGGGUCCAUGAGUGAAUGUGUAUUGGGGAUGUUAAUGCCAAGGGGCCUGCUGUGUGAGUGGCAGGGGUGCACGGGGUGGGAGCAGAGAGUUGCUGGGGGUCUGGGCUCCUCCUCCGGCCCCCACAACCUCCAGGCUUCCCGACUACAUUGGUGUCAAUGCCCAUGUGUGCUCUCAGGUGUGUGAGUGGGUGUCCCACUAGCCUUGUCCCUCCCAGAACAGGGAUGAUGCCUGACCCAUCUGCGUUCCCAGGGGCUGCCAGCACCCUGGGCCUUUCAUACAAGGAUUUUGAAUAAAUGAAUGAAGGGAGGGGCCAUUGAAUUUCUCAACUCCAGGGGCACUAUCCAUAUGGUGACUCCAGCCCUCUUUGUUUCUGCCAGGUGUUAGCUGGCCAUUAAAAAAAAAAAAAAAAACUGCUCCUGUUGAGUCAAUUUUGACUCCUAGUGACCCUAUAGGACAGAGUGGAACUGCCCCACAGGGUUUCCAAGCAGCGCCUGUUGGAUUCGAACUUCUGACCUUUUGGUUAGCAGCCGUAGCUGUUAACCACUACGCCACCAGGGUCUCCUAGCUGGCCUAGCUUAUUUAAUUAGUAUAAUUAUUUUCACUUUACAGACAGGAAACUGAGGCAAAGAGAGGUUGAAUAACUUGCUCAGGGUUGCACAGAAGUGGCAGAGUCAGGAUUUGAACCCACGUGUCUGAUGCCUGGGUCUGGGGUCUGUGCUCUUAACCUCCAUGCCACACCGCAUGCCCUUCUAGCCCUCUUUGGGAUUGUGCAGUGUGGUGCCCUGAAUAACUGACGGUGUGUGUGGUUGGGGGCGGAGGGCAGGGUGGUGAGGCAGGAGGGACAGACGAGCUGUAUGGGGUUCCAGGCUGGAAUCUGCGGGUUAUGGGGCCCGCAGGGGCUGCAGGCUGAGUGAGAGAAGGGAGGAGGGAGUGGUGAAGACCCCCUCUGCUGACUCCGCCUCUCCAGCUAUCCCUGCUGUUGGCACUCAAGGCCUUACCUUGAACUUGUCUCUCAGAGGCAGUUGCCAGGCAACGGCCUAUGGCUACCCAGAGAGGAGCUGGGAGUCGCAGGGCUUGGGGAAGCCCCUAGGGUUUGGGUCCCUCCUCUGCUGGAAAGAGUGGGGGUGGGGGGGAAUGGAGGUCACUGUCCCACGGGGAGGUGACAUCCUGAGCUCCACAGGACCUAGACACAGAAGAAAGCACUCUAAAGGCAGUGACAGCUCCAAGCUGUGUUGUGAGGGCGCCCCCUGCAGUUGGGCCGGGCCACAUCCUGCGCGGGCCUCAGGGUGCGUCCCUGUUAGGGGCAGCUGCUGGUGAGAAUCUCAGUGAGUACUCUGGAGGAUUGUGGGGGAAAUGCCUCCCUGAAAAAGUCAUGGGACCCAAAGUCAGGAGGCCUGAGCCCUAGAUCCCCUCUGUCAGGAACCUGCUGUGCAGCCUUGGGCCAUUUAUUUCACCUCUCUGGGCACAGUUAAUUUAGUUAACAAAUUUUCUUUGUUAGCACUGACUGUAUGCCUAGCCCUGGCCCUGGGCUGGGGUACUUUGGAGGCAGACAGACACGGCUCCUGAGCUUUGGGCGUUCACAAGCAGCUGCAUGAAUGAGUGUUUCAUCACCCAUGAGCUGGGCAAAGGAGUAGUACAAUGUGCUCUGGGAGAGAAUCAUGGGGGUAUCUGUGGGGUGAAGGUGGCCCUUGGCAGUGCCAAGAGUUAACACACUUGCUACUAACUGAAAGGUCAGAGAUGCUCAAGUCCACUGAGAGGUGAGAGGUGCCUCAGAAAAAAGCCUGGUGACAUACUUCUGAAAAACCCCGUCAUUGGAAACCCUGUGGAGCACAGUUCUACUCUGGCACAUGG